UAUUCAGCAGUACUGCCUGCUCUUUUCUGCUUUGCUCUGCUCUGCUUAGCUGCAUUCUCACAACAGAUCUGGGGCAAGAGGGCAGCAGGCCAUGCAUAAACACACAAAGAGACAAGGGGAGAUAAUGGUGCACAGCUACUCUUAGGAACUGAAGAGCUGUAGCUGUCCAUGUUUUCACUGCCAGGCAGCCUCUGUCUUUGCUAACAGAGAGCACUUGUGGACUUGUCUUACUUCUGUAAUAGGUUCCUAGUUUAUUUUUAUUUGUCUCAACUCUUUCUUCAAACAUGGGGUGCUCUUCAUCCAGCGCACAGACUGUUGAUCAAGAGAAAAGACCAGGUACAAAGCCAGAGGAGAGCAAUGGAGAUACAGUGGCAGUCAAAAACGGCAUCAUCGCAGAAGAUGCACAAACCAUCGAGGACCAGAUGCAGUUGCCUGUGCAGACUGCUUUACCAGACGAUCUUCAACCGGGUGCCGAUGACGAGGCGGAGGCCGUUUUAAUAGCCCUGGAGGCCCAGGAGGAUCUUGGCUCUGGGGAGGACCUCCUGGCUGCUCCUGAGCCACAGCAAGAACCUGUCACCCCUGCAGAACCAGCUCCAGAGGUUGCUGCUCCAACUGAAGCCGUUACUGAACCUGAGGCUGCUGUAGCUGUGGUGGAGGCACUCCCCCCUGUGGAGGAAGCUGCCCCUGUAGAAACUGUAGUGGCUGAGGCCGCCCCUGAGGUCAAAGCCCUUGUUGAGGUUACAGAGGAAGCCCCUGCUGCUGAAUCUGUUGUGGCUGUGCAGGCAGAAGCCCCUGCUGUUGUUGAGGAGGCGGCGGCCACUGUGCCAGUUGAGGCCUCUCCUGAAGUUGCCACACCUGAUGUUGAACCUGUUGUAUCUGAGCCAGCAGAGGCCCCAGUGGUUGUGGAAGAGGCAGCAGCUGUAGUGGCUGAGGCCCCUGUGGAUGUGGCUGCUCCUGUGGAGGCAGAGGCUCCAACUAACAAUGCUGCUCCAGUUACUUCCUCAGAAGCACCAUGUGAAUCCUCAGAACCAGGUGAAGCACCAGCACCAGCACCAAGUGAGGCCCCAAGUGAAGCUGCAGCUCCAGGUGAAGGUGCAGUACCAAGUGAGGCUGCAGCACCAGCACCAAGUGAGGCUGCAGCACCCAAGAACCAAACCAAGUGA